UCAACAGAUGUCUCUCAAAAUGCAUUACAAUAUCAUUGAAUGUGCAGUACUUUAAACCACAUGUUUUGUCUGAUUAUCAAUCAUUGAAUCAAUUAGUGAUCAAUUGUGGUGAUAAUUAUGGCACAGGAGACUCACCGAUCGGGUCCUUUCAAACAGGACAACAAGCGGCACAAGUUUGGUAGACAUCGAUCUAAUCGGGCCAUCAAUACGACCAAUAAAGGUCGCAAAGAAGACAUUAAACAUGUGACCAAACGUAAGGAUUUAAUUAAACGCCACGAAAGACGUAACCAAAUGAAACAAUUGCGACAAAACAAACGAUACGACACUAUUGCCAACAAAAGAGGUAUUGGUUCCCAAACAGAUAUAUGUCCACCCAUUGUGGUGACUAUUUUGGAUAUGAACACCGCUGAUGACACCAAAAUUAAAGAUUCAUUCUUUGAAUUGAUCCGCAACUGUGACCCAAAUUGUAUUAUCAAUUGUGACAAAAAUGAUCGCAAUAUUCACAUCAGUUUUCCAAAACUGAAGACGAGAUUUGAGUUUAUUUUGUUGGAUAAUCAGGACUUGUAUUCAUCUCUCGAUGCGGCAAAAGUGACCGACAUUUUGUUACUUUUGCAUUCACCCAAUGAUACCACAGAUGACGGCAAUCAUCCGAUUUUAGACGCAAUAUAUAGUCAUAUUUUGCCGACAACUGUACACUUAAUUCACGGUUUGGAUGGUUUGAGUCUAAAGAAGAAAAAUGAUGUGAAGAAAGUGAUACAAAAAUUUAUUAAUAAUAAGUUUGGCGACGAAAAGUUGCGAAGUGUUGAUACUAUUUCGGAAGCGUUACAAUUGAUUCAUUUCAUAUCAAAUUGUAAACGAAAAGACAAUGCAUUUCGGUUACAUCGGUCUCAAGUAUUGGCAGAAAGACUCGACUUCAGUGAAAACAGUGAUGACUUACAGUUAGGUACUCUUAAGAUAUGGGGUUAUGUGAGAAACAGAGCUCUUGAUGUCAACUCAUUGGUUCAUAUUCCUGGUUUUGGUGACUAUCAGAUGAAUGUUAUUGAAGUGCUAACUGAUCCAAAUCUGUUUAAUCGAAAAAAUAAUAAACUUAUUAGUAAUAUGAAUAUUGAUGAUAAUAACACUAACUUAGAAUUUGUGUUGAGAUCUGAUCCAACUAUACAACAAACUCUUGAUUUUGAGAACAUUGUAGACCCGAUGGAGGGCGAACAGACGUGGCCAACACCAGAGGAAUUGAAUGCCGCACAAGAAAGUCAAAAGAGCAUUAAAAAAGUACCAAAAGGCACAUCCGAUUAUCAAGCGGUUUGGAUUCUGGACAAUGAAGAUGACAAUAAUAGUUCCAAUGAUAAUAGUGAGUCUGAUGAGGAAGACAUGAUUAUGGAGGCAAACAAUGAAUUAGAUUCUGUUGAUGAAAAUAGUGAAGAUGAAGAUAAAGAUGAUGAUAUGGACACCAUGUCUGUCACAACCACUAAUGAAGCAAAUUAUGACCAAAAAAUUGAUAUCACUGAAGAAGAGGCGGCCCUUAAGAAAUUUAAAGAUCAACGAUUGAAUGAAAUGUUUCCCGAUGAAGUAGACACACCUAUUGAUCAACCGGCCAAAGUUCGAUUUGCCCGAUAUCGUGGUCUUAAAAGUUUCCGAACAUCUACGUGGGAUUUCAAUGAAAAUUUACCGAAAGAUUACUCCAGAAUUUGUCAGUUUGAAAACUUUUUACGGACUAAAAAACGUGUCUUYAAUGCGGACGAAUCGGGUGCUCAAAGCGGUUGGUUUGUUUGCGUUCAUGUGAUAAAUUGUCCGAAAACUGUUUAUGAAAUGUAUGGCAACAACAACAAGAAACCACUUAUACUUUACAGUCUCUUAGAACACGAGCACAGGAUGUCGACAAUCAAUUUGGUCAUCAAAAAGGUUUCAUCAUUUAGUGAAUCACUCAAAUCAAAAGAAUCGUUUAUCUUUCAUUUGGGUUGUCGUCGAUUCAGAGCUUCUCCUAUAUUUUCUGCCCACACUAAUGGAGAUAAACAUAAGUUGGAGCGCUUUAUGAGAAGUGAUGUGCCAGUAGUGGCCACACUAUACGCCCCAAUAACUUUUCCGCCCUCAUCGGUGCUCGUAUAUAAACAAAGAGAAGAUGGCUCUCAGCAAUUGGUGGCCACCGGUUCUCUAUUGAGUUGUAAUCCUAAUCGUGUAAUUGUUAAGCGAAUUGUAUUAAGCGGUCAUCCGUUUAAAAUCAAUCGAAAACAUGCAGUCGUCCGAUACAUGUUCUUCAAUAGAGAUGAUAUUAUGUGGUUUAAGCCGAUAGAGUUGCGGACAAAGUAUGGUCGCAAAGGACAUAUAAGGGAACCAUUGGGAACUCACGGACACAUGAAAUGUGUUUUUGACAGACAACUCAACUCUCAGGACACGGUUCUCAUGAAUUUAUAUAAGAGAGUGUUUCCCAAAUGGACUUACGAUUCAUUAGAUAAUGUAUUGCAAUCCACUUAUAAUAAUAAUAACGAAAAGAUGAAUCAAUAAAUUUUAUUAAAUUUAAUAUGUAUUAAAAUAUGCU